AUGAGCGGGCUUAGAACGAGCAUCUGGGCCCCCGGCAGCUAUCGCUCCCCGAGUUACAAUGGCUCCAGCUAUAAUAAUCCCGCGCGAGAGAAUGCGCCAGUCUCUACUACCCACUCGCAUAUCUCAAGAGAGAUGAGUAAGAACCGGGCAAUCGAAACGACCCGCGAAAUAAUUCUGGAUGGUAAAUUGGCAAAUAAUGAGCCACGGAAGAGUUCUGGUGGGCUGGGCGCCAGUCAAUGGGCACCGCGCGAUUACCCUGGAAGAUCAAAAACAGCAAAUCGUCAAGAGGUUUGGACAAUGGUCACGCCGGCCUCGCAACAUAAACCGAUGGCUCAUGCGUAUAAUGGCUCGAGUCCUGCAUACACCUCUCCAGACCUCGGUCUUCCUUACGAAGUACAACAUUACAUUCUCGGUAUGAUGCAGCGGAUCAUGGAGGAGGGGUGUUAUACCUUUGCAUCGCGAUGGAUUCCCGACGUACUACAAAGGAACAAUUGGACGUGCUCGGAAGCGGUUGAACUGUCUACAUGGAGAACAGUCCUUCCAGAGAAUGUCCCAUCAGAAGCCAUUACCUCGCACGGCAAAUCUCUUCACCAAUGCCUGGCUAAUGCUGUCCGAAUACGAAACUCUGCUACUCAUCGGCAUAUCUUUUCGAGUCAGGAACUACGUGGUUUGGCACAACAAGCCGAAGACCUCAUGAGUCUACUUUCUGACCACUCGAGGCAAUUAAAGUUUCAUAAGCUGUGGACAGAAUUAUACGAUUGGGAAAAGCUCAGUGUAACAGACAUGCAAGCCGCCAGAUACAAGAUGGAAACUGCACUUCAACAGAUUGGGGAACGUCCUAUGGAGGACGAUAUGGAUUGGACACCUAAUGUUAUCUCAUUGGAAAAAGUUCCCGCGGUAGAGAUAGGACCAGAAGAGGUUGAGAAUCACGAAGUUCAUGAUGCAAUGGAGAUCGAUUAA